CUAAAGUUGUGGAAGUUUAGCUCUCAAGUCUGUCUCAUGAACCCAGUUCAUUUAGAAAGUUUGAGAGAGAGAGAUGAGCGAACAGACAGUCCCUGCGGACUUCUCAGGACACAUGUUGGACCUGGACGAGGACGAAGACCUUGAGGUUUUCAGUAAGAACACAUCUCUGGCAGAUGGAAGCCCCAUGCUCAACUCUCCCAGCUCCUUGGUCAACCAGUACAGACUGGAGGACGAUGAGGAAGAAGAUCAGGAUGCUAACACCAAAGACAUCUUCAUCACCGUUGACAACCCAGAGAGCCAUGUCACUGCCAUCGAGACCUUCAUCAUGUACAGGGUCUUGACCAAGACCACACGGAGUGAGUUCGACUCCAGCGAAUAUGAGGUACGCCGGCGCUACCAGGAUUUCCUGUGGCUCCGAAGCAGACUGGAAGAAAACCACCCGACCCUCAUUGUCCACCCGCUCCCGGAGAAGUUUGUGAUGAAAGGCAUGGUGGAGCGCUUCAACGAUGACUUCAUCGAGACCAGGAGGAAAGCGCUGGACCGUUUCCUCAACAAGAUCUCUGAGCAUCCCUUCCUGUCCUACAGCCAGCACUUCAAAGUCUUCCUCACUGCACAGGAGCUGACGCCUCACAAGAAACAGGGUCCAGGAUUCCUAAGCAGGGUGGGAGAGACAGUGAGGGCAGUGGCCAACUCAGUGCGAGGCCUGAAAAGCCGACCGGAGGAGUUCAAUGUGAUGCAGGAGUAUGUGGAGGAUUUCAGCAACAAGAUCUGCUCUGUUGACAAAGUUACCCAGAGGAUCAUCAAGGAACAGAGAGAGUAUCUGGAUGAGCUGAAGCAGCAUGGCCCCACGUGCACACAAUGGGCGGGGUUAGAGGAGGAUCUCACAGAACCGCUGAAGGGUGUGGCCAGCUGUGUGGAGCGGUGCAGUAAGGAAACAGAAGAGCAGAUCCACCAUUUGUCUGAGGACCUAGUCCCUGCCCUGCAUGAGUAUGUCCUCUGUGCUGAGACUCUGAAGGCUGUGCUGAGACGUAGAGACAACAUCCAAGCUGAGUUUGAAGCCAAGAACGAGGCCCUGGCAUCCAAAAAAGUUGACCAAGAAGCACUGCAGGAAGAGGUGGAUGGUCUGGCAGACCGGAUGGAGGUGGCUAACAAUGCCUUGAAGGGGGACUGGUCCCGCUGGCAAAACAGCAUGAGAACUGACCUCAAAUCAGCCUUUAUUUCCAUGGCUGAGAAGAAUGUGGAGUACUAUGAGAAGUGCCUGGCUGUGUGGGAGUUGUUCCUCCUGUCUCAGAGGGUGGAGCCUAGUAAGCAAAGAGAUGGGGAAGAUGUCUCUUAAAGUUUGGAGAAGUGUGGAGAUCACCUCCUCUUUCAAAACAACAUAAAGCAUUUGUUGUCUGUCUACCAGAAAUUUUCCUAAUACAGACUUUGAAUCAAUAUCCACUUAUGCAAAAAUGCAUCAUGUACGAAACAAGCACACUGCAUCUCUCUCUCUCUCUCUCUCUCUCUCUCUCUCUCUUUCUCUUUCUCUCUUUCCUUCUAUCUGGCCAAAGAAGUUAAUCCCAGUUUCACCAUUCCAGUGAUGAUAGGACAUCACUGAAACCUACACUGUGAUCCAAGUAUCCACAUAUUACUUAGUACCACCUGUACAUGGCCAAAAUUUCAAAGACCCCUGGCUCUUCUGGUUCCACUUUGCUGUUUUGUGGUGCAUUUUUUUUUCAUAGAUACAAACUACACUCCAUGCAGAAGACAUAGUGCCACUUUGAAACAUCUCCUACCAUUGUGAGCAGCUGUGUUCCAUUUCAGGGGAUGCCUCCUUGAAAGGAUGCACAAUCCACAAGGUGUGGCAUCAUCAUAAGUUUAACCCCUUUCUGACAGACCAAACUAAUGAUGCAUUUGGGUGACCCUCUUGUACUUUACUGGCUGGAAUUUUCCAACUUUACUAUGAGAAAGUGGUGCUCAACCAUCAAAAUAGGUGUAGUGAACUAUAGUUGAAGUUCCAUCAUAGAGGACACUAAAAGCUCCAAAGCAAUGUGGUGUGUAUGGAUUUGAAACCAUUGAUAGAAGAAUGGUAGAUAUAACUGAGGUUUUUUGCUGCCUUUUAAAAAUGCUGCUGACUUACAGUAAUGUUGCCAUGACAACAAAUAAGUUUGUAUUGCAUCAGUAAUACCAAUGUCACACAGCCAAGUGACUGACCGUAACUUUUGUAGCCAUAUUAUAGCAUUUCAGACAUGACCACUGUUUUUUUUUUUCCUCAAAUCUUAACCAAACUACUUUCAUAGUUGGUGACAUGGUUCCAGGAGACUUGCCUGUGUAUUGAGUGUGAGAAAUUGUUUGUUUAUGAUCUUGGGAACCAAGAAACUAAAGAAAAAUCUUCAUUCAAGGUCCACUUAUGCAGCUUUUUCCACACUGAUAUCUGGUUAAAAUUUCUGGAAAUAGCUAUUGAGUAGACCAAGACAAGAUGUUUUUUGACAAAAAUUUGUCUUUGUCUUGUCUGUUUUCCUUACAGUAGCCUCAAUAGACCAGAAUUCUGUAGUUGGAGUUAGAGGCAUGGCCAUAGUUAUGGAUACAUCUCAUGUCAAGAUCAGACUACAUGAUACCUGCAUGAUAAUGGUCAUUACACAAAAACAGCUCUGUAGGACUACUACAGGUCAAAAACUGCACAGUGAACCUUUAAGGGCUGUUUAUAGUUCAGACACGGACACUGAAUGUGCAAGAAGAUCUGUUGACACUGCACUGGGUGCCUGCGUAUACUGAAGUGUUACAUAUGUUCAUGUGUACAGUCAUGCAGACGUGCAGAUGUUUACAUUACACACACACUGUCAUGUAGAUACAGGAAGCCUAAUUUGAGCUUUGUGGUGAGCACUUAUUGGUUGGCGUCCUACGUGAAGUCUGCUAUGUCUUUCAUCCAAGUCACAGCAAGAAUUUAGGAUCCCCUAAUCGGAGACCAUCUCACGUAUUGUUUAGUCUGAUCUGGCACAAAUAAAUCAUCAAAUUUUCAAUUAAUACACAAGUUGAGGCAUUGUGCCAAUGUAUUUGAAGUUCUGGUGUCCUCUGAAAAGGAAUCAGCCAGUGUAGCUUUAUGCACAGAGUGUACACCAAAAAGUAAAAUUAUAACAUUCCAUUACAAAAUAGCUCACAUAAACUGGAGGUGGUAUCUACAUCUAGCUAGUGAUUUACUUUUAGGCUAAUAUGUGACAUCAGAAUGGUAUGAAUAACACACAAUACUACUGAUCUGCUGUACUUUAUGCAGAGAAGCUGUAAAUGCCUAAUGAACCAUUGACCAUGAAUUAUUACACAAAUGUUUGGUUGUUUGUGCCGAUAGAGAUUUCAUGUUUACAUGUGUAAUGAAGACUAGCUCUGUGCAAUGUCUUUGUAAUCCUUUUUCUAAUAGUGUUUUUUUCUAAUCUUUUUUUCUAAUCUAUUUUCUCUAGCUUUGUUUUUGCUUUUUUCAUUACUGAAUAUGUAAAAGAAAAGUCUGAAUAAAAUUGUUUUUGAGAUGUUGA